ACAAGGAGUGGAGCCGGAAAGCCUACCAGACAAAAAUGGAUGUUAUAUGAGAGCCCUAUUUUCUUGGAAAGGCAUAUAACUCAAAGAAGAAACUUUUCUAAUAUCAAUUUUACAAAGCUAUCCAAGCCAAGCAAUGUCAGUGGAACAUCGUUGAAAACCCAACAUUCAACAAUUCUUCAGGAUGACUAUGAAAUGUCCACCAAUGACAAUUCCAAUCACAAGACAUCAACUUCAACAUCCGGCCAGCAGUCACUGCAUACAUCGACGUCGAAAGAAAUAUGCAACACAUUGCCAAACAUGUCGAUUCAUAAAAAUCAGCUUACUCCAUCGACAUCUUUCUUGUCCCAAACAUCUGCUUUGGAGACAGAGGGAUCAGUUAAAGUCAGUCCACCAACUUCUUGCUUUUCGGGGAACCAGCAAAGGACUUUUAAAAAGCGGAGAAUUGACCCAGUGGAAACAGCAUUCCAUCAGAUGAACAACACAUUAAAUAUAAUGGUAGCUGAAGUGUGUUCCCGGAGGAAACCGGUAAACGAGAACGAUCCAGAUGUUCUCAUUGGAAAACUCGUCACAGCGGAGCUUCAAAUGACAGCAGAACCACACAAAAGCGAGUUAAAACGAAAAUUUAUGGAGUUGCUAUAUUUUUCUAAAUAUAAUACAAUUAGUCAUCACAUAUAA